AAUCCAGGGGGCAGGUCUUCUCUGUCCUCUGGGACGACUCGACGGCUAUUUGUAUUCGUGUGCUAGUAGCCAGCUAGAGAUGGCCUUGGAGGUUGUGUUGGUGUGCGCAGCUACUCGGGAGGAGAGGGGAGCAGAAUCACAUGCAGGGCGAACAUUUUAUUAAUCCUUCAUGCAACAUUUGUAUACCGAGUACAAGCUACAGUUCAAGGAGAGGAAUAUGGCUGAAGUAUCGAAAAAUGAACCCUUCUCUCUGGAUAUUGACAUAGAUCCAGACUUCGAGCCCCAGAAACGACCGAGGUCUUGCACCUGGCCUCUCCCUCGACCGGAGUCCAAUGCAGGGAAGCCGGAAUCUAACGAUGACAUCAUCCCUGAGGAAGAGGAUGAGGAUGAUGACGUCACAGCACCCAGCAGCUCUAGUUCUACUACUGUCAACAAAGUGAACGGUGGUAUAGCCAUACCUCAGAUCCCUUCUAAACACCAAAAUCUAACCACCACAAAGGAUGAAGAACUAACCCUCACUUCCAAUGAGGGGAAUGAUGUUGUUGGGUCUCCCCUGUCCACACACACACACACCGUCUCCGCUCUCAACGGCCUGGUUUCCCAACCCAGGAAGUCCUCAGCUCGACGAAAUGCCUGGGGGAACUACUCCUAUGCGGAUCUCAUCACCCAGGCUAUAGAAAGCUCGCCUGACCAGAGACUGACGCUGUCCCAAAUCUAUGAGUGGAUGGUGAGGUCUGUCCCUUACUUCAAGGACAAAGGAGACAGCAAUAGCUCUGCAGGCUGGAAGAAUUCCAUCCGACACAAUCUGUCCCUCCACAGUCGUUUCAUGCGUGUUCAGAAUGAAGGGACCGGUAAGAGUUCCUGGUGGAUGGUCAAUCCUGAGGGCGGCAAAGGUGGUAAAGCUCCAAGACGAAGGGCCGUUUCCAUGGACAACAGCAACAAGCUGAUCAAAGGUGCUCGCGGACGUGCUGCCAAAAAAAAGGCAGCUCUGGGGCUACAGACUGUACAAGAUGGCAGCUCUGAGAGUUUAUCCCUAUCCUCUAGCUUGUCCAAGUGGACAGGAAGUCCCACGUCCCGUAGCAGCGACGAAUUGGACGCCUGGACGGACUUCAGAUCUCGCACCAACUCCAACGCCAGCACGGUCAGCGGGCGCCUCUCCCCUAUCCUUGCCAACGAGCUGGAUGAGGCUCUGGAUGACCAGUCCAUCUCUCCCCUCUCCCCCAUGCUCUACUCCAGCCCCAGCAGUUUGUCCCCCUCCACGGCCCCCUUGGGUCUGGCAGACCUAGCUCUCACCAUAAACCUCAACGAUGGGCUCCCUGACGACUUGAUGGGCGACCUUCUGGAUGACAUCAGUUUGACAGCGUCCCAGCAACCCUCUGGGCAGGACGCAGACAGCGGAGGAGCCAGUCAGACGGGGAACUCAGUGUUCACCUUCAGCUGCUCAGGAAGCAACAGUAGUCUGGGCGUCCCGUCCUCCGGCAGCUAUGGCCCUCUGAGCGCCAUCUUUCAGCUCAGCCCCCCGUCCUCGUCGGUGACCUCCCUACGCCAGUCUCCCAUGCAGACCAUCCAGGAGAACCAUCCCGCCUCCUUCUCUUGCCUGUCCUCCCGUUUCAACCACCACCACCACACCCUGCAGGACCUACUGAGCCCGGAGACCCACAGCGGCCAUGUCAGCGACGUCAUGCUCACCCACUCCGACCCACUGAUGUCUCAAGCCAGCGCCUCUGUCUCUCUGUCCCAGAAUUCCCGGAGGAACGCCACGCUGCUCCACAAAGACCCGAUUGUGUCAACCAGCCGGGAGGGCGCCGCUGGUCCAGAUUCCCAGACUUCCUCCGCACCUGGUUGGCAGGCCCAGGCUAGCUUGUCAACUCCUAACAGGGAAGUCUUGUGCUCGAGUAAAGACUUGGACCAGCAGGCCAAGCAGCUUCUCCAGCACCUACCGUCUCCUGGUGGAAACUCCUCUAUGCAGCUCGGCGGCUCUGCUGCCCACAACAGCACUUCUGCCCAGCACUUGGGCACGUUGCAGUUGGCCGCUCAGGACCGCUUUCCUGUCCCUCCCAUUCCUGCCGAGCUGGAUUUGGACAUGUUCAAUGGCAGCCUGGACUGUGACAUGGAGACCAUCAUAAGUAAUGAGCUGAUGGACGCCGACUGUCUCGACUUCAGCUUUGACUCCUCUUCUCUGCUCUCUGCUGCUCAGAACGCUAAUAAGAUGAGUACAGCGGGGGUGUUCUCCAGCUCCAAACCAACAUCCUCUUCCCGAAGCUGGGUUCCAAGCUAGCUGGGUUCAGCCCAGUACCCAUUCUCUGAACAUUCUCUGUUGCGGUCGGAUUUGUUUCAGUUGAGGCAAUUAAAAGAAAUGUCUGUGUACUUUCUGAAUUGGCUGAACUUCCACAGAAUGCACCUCAAGUUUGACCAGUAUGAAGAGUGAUUAUUUCAGGUGAGCUUGUCUGACUCACAUAUUGUGCAACUUGAUGGUGUAGCAGGGCUAAUUAUGUAUGAAGUGUUCUAUUAUGUUUUUGUUUCUUUUAUUACAUUUUUGGUGCUGUAUUUUGUGUCUAGGACACAGGAUGGAGAUGUACAGUACACCAUAUUGCAAAAAAACAAAGCUUGAGACAGAUAUCUGGGCGCAUAUUCACAAACUCACCAUCUCUUAGUAAAAUACUUCUUCAUUACGAUGACCUAAAAGGCUAAACCAACUUCAGCAGUCUUACUUUGAGAUGCUUUGUGAAUGCAGACCCAGGAGUGUUUAGGUUUGUGUAGCUUAUGUUGGGAAUUGGGGAAAAGUAACCAUAAGUGUUAUCAGUGGAUUAUUAGAUGUAAAAUGUGAUAUAAACGCAUUUUGAGUCUCAGGGAUUUAUCCUUAUGUGGUGAAUUAUAAGCACUAUCUAGGUUUCCAUUCAAUUUGUGACAGAUCUUCAAGCUAAUAUUCAGCAUUAAGAAAAUAUGUACAUUUUCUCACCCAUAGUGUUUCCGCCAAAAGGCCUUGCUGCAGAUGAAAAGCAGCGCAAGACAAUGUAGUGAAUAUAAGUUACGUUUUUGCUCUUGUUUUCAAGUACUGAAAACAAAUCAAAAGUUGCCAUGACAUUUUUAAUUCCAGUGAUUGUUUUGUAAAUAGCUAACGUGCCCACUGGCCAAAAGCUUGCAGACACAUUGUGGGUAGAUAGUUUACAUGAUGAUAUUAUUAUGCAAGGUGAUUUUUAUUUGUCAAACUACAGCCAAGCACCAACCAGCAUGCCACCAGAAUAAGACCCUUAAUAUUGGACAGAAUCAAACUCGUCACCGUGCACUUUCAACACCCUGUGAAAUACAUGUUUCAUCGGUAGUUUAAAAAACUGCAUGCUUUUCUCAGUGGGAGCACCACACAUGUUAUUGCGUGACUACAAAUUUACUAUAUAACGAUUAUGAUGUAAACAUGGCAUUUCUACUGCAGUUUCUCACAUAAUUAAUUUUACAGACGACAAAUGUGAAGUAUGGGAAGUUUACAUUGGUCCUGUUCUACACACACAGGAGGUUGACAUGCAAGAGCUUUUUCUCAGUUAAAUGUAUCAGAAACAUAACUUUCAUUUGUGAAAACGCUUUAUUGAAUGGUUUAGAAUAGACUUCUUUUUUAUAUCUAGACUCAUCCGAAAAAUAAACAUUUUCUACCAAACUUUUUUUAUCUAAACAUGUAAAGUGUCCAACAAUGUCACUCCCUGGCAAGUCUCUGAAAACAUUAAUUACAGAAAAUAAAAAAUCUCUACAUUAAUAUGUAAAAAAAAAAGUUUAAAUCAAAUAUUUGUUGUGUAGAC